CCGGGCCACUCCUCCCCGCGAAGUGAGUCACGGCGGGCACCGCCAUUUUGAGGGUCAAGUGAACAGAUUUGAUGCUGGAUUGGCCGGAGUUGGUUGCGGCUCUCGCUUUGCUUCGUUACGACCGCUACGACUGCCCGACACUGCUGCCGACGUAGCACCAAAGCCGCCUGCUGCGGAGUCACGGGCCACGCGGUGCCGAGUUUUGUGAGCGGAGUCGCCCGGCGCUCGCUCGGUGUGGUGGUGGUGGGGGGGGGAGACUCCGCCCGCCCAUGAGAGCCACGGGGCCGCGGGGGCGGCCAGGCGAGACGGGGGGCUGAGGCCGGCCACGGCUCCUCGCUGUCUCUUCCUCUGCAUCUCAGUCUCCACUUGUAUCUUUUCGUUUCGUCAACACAACUUACAAAGUUUCCCACGUCGCCGCUGUUGCUGCUGCUGAAGUUUGGUGUCGCCGCUGCUACUGGUGGUGGUGGUUGUACAGGAGUUUGGGGGUGGUGGAGUUGAAAGAAGAGGUGUCGGAGGAGAAACGCGGAGUUCCCCCCCCCCCUUGUAUACUGCUUUAGUUGAAGAAUAAACAGGCGGCGGCAAAACGGGAUUUUUUUUUUUACCAGCACGAGUGUUCGGAGACGGCGGCAGCAAGCAACGUAAACUAGAAAAUACGACGAGCAACAAGUAGGGGAAAUCAGAAGCGGAAGGAGUGGAGGGGAGAGGGUCUGUGCCGCUCCUCCAGGACGGUCGCCUUCGUCGUCGUCGUUUUCGUCGCUGGUGUUUUCGUUAUCGUCGUUAUCAUGGCUGCCAACCCCAGGAAAUUCGCGGAGAAGAUCGCACUGCACACGCAAAAACAGGCUGAGGAGACUGCCGCCUUUGAAGAGGUGAUGCGAGAGAUCACCUACAAGAGAGCCAUGCAGUACAAGUCUCGCCAACUGCAGCUGGUUCAAAGCCGUAGCCAGUACUACGGCGGAUCCCUGCCAAAUGUCAAUCAAAUGGUGAACAAUCCCGAGCUUCAGGGACAGUUUUAUCCUGCAAUCGACGCAAACAGGGCUGCAACAAGACAUCACGGAUUGGUGGAUCGUCCCAGCCGGGCUCGCCUUAUGUCCCCUCAUCGGCGACAGUUCCCGCUGGACAAACAUGCGCGACAAAUCGACAGUUCGCCAUAUGGCUCAGUUUAUCUGUCCCCACCACCAGACACGUCCAGCUGGAGGAGGGGUCUGAACCCGUGCCGUAACUUCCCUGGUAUGGACGAGAGUUAUGGAUAUAAACUGGGCUUUUCCUCAAGCCUCAACAGGCAUAACUCGGACUCUGCUCUACAUGCCAGUGUGGUAAACACAAAUCCUCAAAAUCAGUUUGUCGCACAAAAUCCUGCUGGCUCCCAGCUAAACAGAAAAAAUGCGUUCCAGCUGGAUGUCCCCACAAUACAAGAAGAUCUGCUGAACCCAGAUGACCCAUCAAUCUCCAAGCAGCCAUGGGAAACUAGAAAGCCUGUGGCUACGUCGUCAUCGUCGUCAUCCUCGUCAAGACCGAAGUCCUGUGAAGUACCGGGAAUCAACAUAUCCCCGUCGCUGGAGCAGGGCACGACAGCGAGGAGGAACGUGCCAUGCAUCUCGUUGCCCCCAAACACGGGUGGCUCGCUGCCGGACCUCACCAACAUCCCGUCGUCGUCGCCGCUCGCCACUCCGCUCGACCCCGAAGAACCCAACUCUUUUCCCAACAUUAGUGGUGGGCGCAGCACCGGAAACUUGGCCACCAACCUCAUGCACCUGGACAUUGGCUCAGCGGCCCAGGCUGCUGGCUCAGAAAGGAGAAUGCAUCAAAUUGGCCCUCGGCAGAAACACAACAACUCUUAUUUACCAGCACAGGAAGGUACUGUGCCUUCGCCGCAGCUGACUCCCCUGCGCAGGCACAAACCGGUGAGCCCACUCACGCUCGAGCCACUUCCGCUGGACCUGGAGUCGAGGAGGACGCACCACAUGCGGCAGCUGUCUCCGACACGCUCCCCUGCCCUCUCACCACUCUCAGAGGCUGUCGCACAGGACGCAGCAAACCUGGGGAUGGAUGACCCACUGACGUCCUUUCCACUGUACCAGCCUCUGAACCCCAAUCGGCAGCAUCAGCAUCAGCAGCAUCCAUAUCAGCAGCAACAGCAGCAGCAGCAGCAGCACCACCACCACCAUCAUCAUCAACAGCAACAACAGCAACACCAACAACAGCAUCAACAGCACCAACAACAGCAGCAGCAACAACAACAGCAGCACCAACAACAGCAACAUCAACAACAGCAACAUCAACAACUUCACCAGCAACAGCAGCAGCACCAUCACCACCACCAGCAGCAGCAGUCGCAGCAGCAACAGCAGCAGCCGCUGUCAGGAAUGCCACCCUCAUCCCAGCCUUUACAGCAACUGCAGAUGUUGGAACAAAGCCUACAGCCGUCUCGGUCGCAGCAGCAGCCUCCGCAGCAGCAGCAACCACAGAACGCACAAGCGCCUCCAUCAUCCAUGCAGCAGGGCACGCAGCCACAACCACAAGGCAUGAUGCAGACUGCCCAGACACCAAUGUCCCUGCAUGAGUUGCAACAGAUGCAACCUCCUCAAUCGCAGCAACUUGGCAACUCGGCACACCCGCUUCCCCAGUCGCACAGCCACCCAAACAUGCCGAGCAUGGAUAUGCCAUCCAGCAGCGGCCCUAUACGGCAGAAGAGGAAUUCAAAAUCUGCGCAGUCUGUGAACUCUGUGCAGCCCACUAAUGCAACUCCUUCAUCUCCAGUCUCUACACAAGCAAUCAUCCAUGGCAGUUUACCGAAUACAUCAAUGCUGAGUCUCUUCAAUGACGGUUAUGAUCCUCCAUAUUAUCAAAGGCAGUCAAAUUCGUCAUUGCAGCAGUCGGAUCCGUUUGAUUUGGGAAAUGGGUCGCUGGGGCUGCUGGGGAUGAACAGCUGUGCAGACGUUGGUGGCAGUGGUCCGAGUUGGGCCAGCCUGCGCUACUCGCAGGCGGCCAUGAUGGGACUGGCCGGGAGUCAUGGAAACCUGCUGGAUUCACAUCAGCGCAACAAGCACAACCUGAUGUAUUCCAAUCAUACGGACACCAUCCCCGACAUCAUCCUCACUGAGGAAUCUUUGUCUGGUGGCUACCCAAAGGACAUGAGUGCCCUGGCAGGAGUGCCAGAGAUGGUGUUCGACUCAGACCCACAACUGGAAGAUUUUCGGAUAGAUCCAAUCGCGUUGGACAGCAUUAGCAUGCUCAAUGACCCAGACAUGGUCCUUCCAGAUCCGUCCAUUGAAGACACCUUCAGGUUUUACAGAAGUUAAGGGCUCACUGUUGCAGUUUUGGGUGUGGUAUGGAGACAGGACUUGAGCAAGACACGAGAUCAUCCUUAGCCCUUAUUUGCAGGCUUUUUCUUGGAAAGUCUAGAAUAUGUAUAUGUAACUUUUCUGUGAGCCUGCCUGCCAUUACAUCUGUUGCCAACUUCAUGUUUAGUAUAUUCUUUGUUAUGCCUAAACUGUUGCUGAACUGCAAAAUUACGUCUAUCUGUAAAGAAUUUCUUUGUAUUUAUAUUGUACAUACAAGUUAGCAACACGCUCAUGGAGUUUUCUUUUUGACUCGUAGUUGCAAAAGAAGGAUUACAUAUUUUAACCUGUGCAAGUUGCUAGAAAGAUUUAACUUUUAUAUUUCUAAGGGACACUGUGCGGGCAAUUUUGCAGCACUCUUCUAUACGCUAUAGCACUUAAGGGAAUUUAUUGUAUUCUUUCUCUUUAAUACAGCCUGUACAUUACAUCUGGCGCAUGUAAAAAAAAAAACGGCAUGGGAUUUUUUGUGCCUAUUUUUUUAGUUCCUCUGACAAUUCACUUUCUCUUUGUGCUUGCCUUUAAUCCUGUAAUCCGUAGCAUUACACUGGAGAUAUUUGUAAGGCCAAAGCUUUGAUGGACUUUAAUGACUGUGCUAAAAUGAUUAUUGACCUAUCAAUGCCACGCAUUCUUAAAACAUUGCAUAUUACAAGAUAUACUCACAAAUGCCCACAAGAAAUCUACUAAUAUAUAAACUUAAGAAAGAUAAAGAAUGUAUACUGGGCUCAUUGGUUCGCAUUUUGGAAUGGAAAUUAUUAGACAUGCAUUCGAAUGUGAGGAAGACAUAAGUUCCUUGGUGUGAAACUAUGCACCAUUAUAACAAGGCUAACAUUACAACGGUUAUCUUCAAAAUAGCUUAUAAACAAUACUCAUUUUGGUCUGACCUACUAAUAUCAAAUAAAAAGAGUUGGUUACUUUUUCAUGUUGAUUUUAUAAUCAUUCACUGUAUGUAUUUGACAUGAACCGCUCUGGCAAUUUACAUUUUUUGUGAAUGCAACCUUUUGGCUUACAAUUUAGCUUAAUAUGUACGACGUGGAAGUCUUGAGUACAGAACAGUGCACACCCAUCUGGUACACAGAUUUCUAAAAGUAGUGACUAUAUUGGCAAGUACAUUCUUUGCUUGAGCUGCCAUAGGUGAAUUAAGGAUGCGCUUCUAAAUGAGCAAUUUAUUUGUAAUUGCCAAAGCAUAUUCAGUCACAAUGAUGGCCAUUUUUGUUUAAAUCAUGUUAACUCUUUAAAAUAACAGAAAUACAAUUUUUAUAUAUAAAUACAAAAAUAUAGACAAUUUAUGUAAUGCUUAUUUUAUAUUACUGUGGCUAAUUUUUUUUUCUAACAUGUACAUAUUUACGAUAUUUCUUGUACAAGUUGACCUAUGUACCAUUUUAGUGAAAAAGUUGCAUUCAUUUUUUGUGUUAAAUGUUUUAUUUCAAUAGUUUUUACUUACCCGGUAAGAAAAAGGCAUUCUUUUGUUAUUUUGAUUUUUAUCUUCAUGUGCAUCAGGAUUAUGCCCAGAAACAAAUUGGUAGUGUAUAGGCAUUAUGUGGUCAUUUGUUACAUUUUUUUAACAAUAUAUUGUGAGGCUUGCUACAAUGUCACAAUUUCCAUUUUUUAAUUAUCUUUUUACGUUAUAGAACAAUAGACUAACUCCUUCUCAACCUAUGCCUUACUUGGAGAUAUGUGUGAAGAGGGUACAUAUUUAGUUAUGGAUAAAUAGAGGUGUAAAGUGGGCAGGAUGGGGAUGAGGGUGAAUUUGAACGUGUAUAGUGGAAAAUAAUGAUCUAACGUUAAAAAGAGUUUUCUACUUCAUUGAAAAAUCUACCAAUAAACAUAGUAUAUAUGUUGUAUCUUG